AUGAUGAAGGCAUUUGGCUUACUGAUAGUAGCACUAGAGGCGCCGUUCUGCUGCAUGUUCAUCGAUUUCAUUGAAAAAAUCGCGAUGUUCUCGGAAUCACGAAAAUAUUGGCAGAAAGCAGCUCUUUAUUGCAUCAUGGGUCUGGUACCAAUUUUGUUGUGUGUGGAACUGAAUACAGUACUUGGCGGUGGGAUGAUAUUUGCAUCCGGUACAGUUUAUGGAUUCAUGGCACUUGGCAAAAAAGCAGAUCUUUCGUCGAUUGGUGGCAGCACCGAUCCAGCCUGGAAUGCCAACGUAAACCAGCAGCAACAGCCACCAGCAUCGUUUGGUAAUCCAUCGGUUGCGUGA